GACAGGCUGCUGCUCCACUACGCCCGCGGCCUGCAGGCCCUCCGCGGCGAGGGCCCCUCGCCGGCGCCGCCCGGCGCCGGACUGCUGGCCUGCGCGGGCGGCGGGGCGGACGACGCGUCGGCGGCCGCGUACAGCGUGGCCGGCGGCCCCCUGCCGGGCUCCUUCGCGCCCCCCGCGCGGGCGCCGCCGCGCCUGGACGGGCGCCUGGCCAGCGAGCCGGGCUGCCCCUUCUGGUGCGAGCGCGAGACCAAGGCCCGCCAGCACCGGGGGCUGCCCCGGAAGCGCAAGGCCUCCAGCGCCUCGUCGGCGGACGCCCCGCCCGGGCCAGAGGGGGGCCUCGCGGACGGCCGCGGCCCCGCGCGCGAGGGCGCCGCCGCCCUGGCCCUCGGCGGGCGGCAACGGGCACACCGACACCGCCGCCCAGAUAUGGGCAGGCCCUGGAGCCGCUCCCGCCGGCCGUGGGCUCCCCGCUGCCCAUCGAGGAGGCCGCCGUGGCCCGGCACGCCGACGGUGCCAGCGACGCCUCCGACUGCAUCGCGGAGG